UCUCGUGUCUUCGAUUCGAUGUUUUUCGCUCUCGCGAGAUGUUCAGUCUUAAGAACCCAUUUUCGUAGACAGGCGGUCUGGAGAUGCUUUCUCUUCACCUCGAGACUGGCCUGGCGACGGCCGCCGCCGUAGUCUUAACGCUGUAUCUCGUCUUGUAUAAGCUGCAGACGGUCAAGACGCAUCCCGAUGAACCACCCAUAAUCGCCUCGGGGAUUCCCUUCGUGGGACACCUCCUGGGGAUGGCCUUGAAAGGCGGUAGAUAUAUAAAACAGAUCGGGCUCUCCAACCCCGACAAGCCAAUCUUCACGCUCCCCGUCCCGGGGUCGCGGAUCUACAUCGUGACGGACCCCUCCCUCGCGGCCGCCGUGCAGCGCGCCUCCAAGGCCCUCUCCUUCACGCCCCUAGUCCCGGGCCUGACGCAGCGGGUCCUAGGCCUCGACGCCGCCACCGUGGCCAUCGUGCGCCAGAACCUGGACCCGGAGCCGGGCGACCCGCGCGGCUUCCUCGCCGACAUGCACGACAUGGUAUACGCCUACCUCGGACCGGGCCCCGACCUCGACGACCUGACCCUCUCCGCCGCGACCGAGCUGGCCCGGCAGCUCGACACCUACGCCGGCACCGUCGGCGCCGCCGCCGUCGUCGACGACCUGCUCGCCUGGACCCGCCACUUCGUCGCGCAGGGGAGCGCGCGCUUCCUGUACGGCGACCGCAACCCGCUGGCGCUGGACCCGAGCCUCGAGUCGUCCUUCUGGGACUUCGACCACGGCCUCGGCGGCCUCCUGGCGGGCGUCGCGCCCUCGCUGACGGCGCGCCGCGCCCACCGCGGCCGCGAGAGGCUCGCCUCGGCCCUGGCGGCGUACCUGCGCGCCGGGGAACACCUCGUCGUCGCCGCCGGGGCGGGGGCGGGGGCCGGGGCAGGCGCGGCCGCGCGCAUCGUCCGCGACCGCGUCGCCGUCGCCGAGCGCCACGGCUGGACCAUCGACGCCACCGCGCGGUCCGAGCUGUCGUUCCUGUUCGCCGCCAUCGUCAACACGGCCACCACCGCCUUCUGGGCCGUCCUGCACCUCUUCGCCCGCCCGGACCUGCUCGCCGUCGUCCGGGCCGAGGUCGCGGCUGCUACCGCCGGAGCAGCAGCAGCAGCAGGGGGGGAGAAGCCGAAGCAGCAACAGCAGGAGAAGCAGAACGACGAGGACGCGCCCCCGCCGCCCACGCUAAGCCUCUCCGCCCUGCGCGCCUCCUCGCCGACCCUCCUCGCCGUCGUGCGCGAGUGCCUCCGCCUCAACUCGGACAACUACUCGACGCGCCUGGUGGUCGGGCCCGACGACGCCGUCCUCGCCACCCACCACCGCCUGCGCGCCGGCGCCGUCGUCCAGGUCGCCGGCGGCGUCAUGCACGCCGACGCGCGCAUCUGGGGUGGCCCCGCCGCCGCCGGCGAGUUCGACCCGGGUCGCUUCCUCGGCGGGCGACAGGGCCAGGGUCAGGGUCAGGGUCACGGCCAGGGUCAGCACCAUCCGGCCGCGUUCCGCGCCUUCGGUGGCGGGAAGACGCUCUGUCCCGGACGGCACUUUGCGACGAGCGAGAUACUUGCGUUUGUGGCCGUUGUGGUCAUGACGUUUGAUAUCGGGUCGGUUGGCGGGGAGACGAUCGAGAUCCCGCCCAAGGAUGACGGGGUGCUUCCUGUGCAUAUCCUCGAGCCGCGGGAGCCCGUUAGGGUGUUGGUGAGGGUUAGGGAGGGGGCACGGGGGGUCAGGGUGGUGGCGUAAUUUGGCGUUU